CGCGCGGGGGCGGCGGGCGGGGAGCCGCGGCCCCACCGAAGGGACCCCCGGCCGCCGAGCGGCCUCUACGUCAGCGCCCCGGGUGGCGCCGCCUCCGCCCGCCGGCCUGGGCCGCGCUCCCGCCGCGGAAGGCGGGCCGGGGACCCGACCGCGGGGAGAAGGCGGGCCUGCAGACCUCUCCGGGGAAAAGAAUCCUGAAAGAGCCAGGACAUGAGAAGUUCUCUGUCGACUGGAGGAGGGAGAAACCAAGGGCACAGUAAAUGUAAGAAGGGGACCAUCACCCUGUCUGGCAAUGAACACAGUGCAAGUGAAAACCAGAGGCCAGUCUUCCUGUCAGACCCGCGAAUUCAGGGCGGCCAGCACCCAGCCUCACCUCCCACCCUCGCCUUCCUUUGGACGAAAUGCUGAUCACCUGCAGGGGUGCUGCCUCUGCUCUGAGACCACCAGGAGUUGGCUCCCAACCUCCAAAGGGCUACCAGCCCAGAGCCCUCACCCCAUGGCUUCUCCUCCCCACCUUGGGUACUCUCUCCGUCCCUUGUUCCCCACUCUGCACAGACCUCAUCCUUCUCAUCCCCCAGCCACGUGCCCGUCACCCGUGUUACUGACCUCUUGUCUGAAAUGGUCUUAUUUGUACAUGAGUCAGGGCCGUUGCUGGGGGUCUAGAGCAGCCCCCAACACAGACGCUCCAUCAAUAUGGGGAUGUGCGGCCACAUUGGGCAGGCAGGGACAUGACGGUGCAGCCACCGGGGAACCGUGGGGCUAUGGCAGAACAGAGUGGUGGGGAGAGACAGCCCUAAUGUGAUGCCAAGUGGGAGGAGAUGCUACAAAAUGGGUAUGGAUGGCUUGAUGAUUUUCUGUAAAAAAAUGAAAACAAAAAUCUCUGUAUUGCAAAGAAAAGAUGAAGACCAAAUAUUAACAACAGGUGUCUUGGGUGGAGGAAUGACCAGUGAUUUUUCUUUUCCUUUCUGUUUACCUGUAUUUUUAAAGUUACUACAAUAAACAUUACUUUUGAAACAAACAAAAAAUAAAGCUAUUUUUAAAACACGAAAAGAAAGAGUCUGGACAGGGUAUGACUUGCCCCAGGGGCGAGGCCAGGUCAGAACCCUAGCCCCAGCCCCAGCCUGGCCACGCUGGCCGCUGGCCCCUCGCCUAUCUCGGAUGCCACUCGGGCCUUCCUCUGCCAUCCUAGUGACCUGGGAGGGACGGCCAGCAGGGCCCCCACCAAGCGUGGUGUCCUGGGCCUCCCUGUGCUUCCCGCCCAGGCUCGCCCCGCGCUGGCUCCCUUCUCCAAACCACAGGGCUGCUCUUCAGGCGGGUGCACCUGCCCCAGGGAGGCGGGGAAAUGUGCGCGCUGAGCGGUUGCAGCUGUCACCGUGGAGAGGCACCGCUGGCACCUGCGGGUAAGGCCAGUGGCCCUGAGAACACGGCCUGUUCGGAAAAGGCUGCCCCCGCAGGAAGGCUGCCAGGCACCCCCGACGGACGCUGGGUUAAACGCGCCCCCCACGGCCUAGGCAGCCGGGCCUGUGGCUCCUGCAGGAUCUCCGGAGCCGCCCGCCCGCACCGCCUCCCACCGGGGAGGGCAGGGCCCGGGCCCGGCGCUGUGGCCGGAGCGCCCCCGAAGGCGGAGGGGCUCCAGCGGGACCGGCCCCGGCGGGCGGCCGCGAGGGCGGACGAGGCUCAGCGAGCAGAGGCUCAGGGAGCGGGCGUCCUCGGUUUCCUCCAGCCCGCGCCGCGGGCCGCAGGGGCGGAGGGCAGCGGCAGGCGGGCUCCGCACCCCGCGGGGACGCACUGGCCGGGCAGCGGGCGCAGAGCUGCAGGCCGCGGGGGCACUGUGGCCGGCCUGCAGGACGUGAACUGCGUCGCACACCGAGCAGGGAAAGCCCGCCGGCCGCCCCGCAAGGCCGCGCUCACCGUCCCCAAGGACGCGGUAGGCGGAGCUCGGCCCCAGGCCCUGGCCUCCCCGGGCCCGGCCUGGGAUGCCGCGGGGACGCGCUCGCCCGCAGGCCUCAGGAGGCGUGCGCGCGCACGGCCCCGCCCCGCCUCGCGCACGGCGCGCCCCGCCCCACGCAGGCCCCGCCCCGCCCCGCGCACGGCCCCGCCUCGGCCCACGUAA